AUGGAUAGAACGCUAAAUAAGUACGGUAGUACACCGACGAAAGUGCCAGAAGGACUAGCACCAACUGCUGAAGAGGUACUUUCUGACAAUGACCAAUUAGCCGGCAAGCUCACCAACAUCGGCGAAUCCGCCAGUCACGGCUCUCUCCGGGCGUACACUGCACGCGGUACUCACGAGUGGUCGUGCAGCAAAGCUGCGGAUGCCGCGAAGAACACGAAUGGCACGAUGCGGCUGCGUAGAUGGACGUGCGACCACCAUUGUGAAUGUCAUUUAACAAUUGGUCCCGAACUUGACUGCGACCUUGACGAACCUGAGAACCUGCCGAAUUUUACCUGGCGUGAUCAUCACCAACAUCAUGAGCGCCUUACUUGCACAAAGUUGAAUCUUCCCAACAAAGACCACUCUUAUAUCAUCAUCAUACAGAACUGGAACGAAACACUGACCCCUGCCCUAAUUAUGGGACUUGUAGAAGUGAAUGUUACGGAGCUUCGAAUUUAUGAAAUCGACCAAACUACGCCGCUUGUUGACCUCGCCAAAUAUACUCCUCAUCUCAAAUCUCUGGAGAUUAGUACAGGAACACGUCAUCCGAUUGAUGUCUUCGAUACAUUUCGCCAUCUAAAAGUGCUUGAAAAUCUUCGUCUGGUCAACAUCGACGUGGCUUCACCUUGGGUUCGAACUAUCGCUCACAUCCACAUCGAGAAUUCUUCACUGAAGGAAUUGCCCUUUUGGCUUGCUAUGAGUGACAAACUCACCACCCUUACUAUCAGAAACACCUAUCUACAUUCAUUUUCUACAAUCUCUCAGCUACGAGGACUACGAUCGGCAAAACUAGCCAGGAACUCUAUAGCAGAUCUUUCCAAGCAUGUUCUCUUGAGCAAAGACAUCUACGACAUCGAUCUGAGCCAUAAUAAGAUAAGUAGCCUAGCAGCUCACACUUUUGCGCUCUGUACAGAACUCAGAGUCUUGGACCUCAGCCAUAAUCCAUUCAAACACCUGCCAUACAAGCCUUUUCAUCGAAAUACAAAAAUCAAAUGGUUAAAACUCAGCGGGACAAAGAUCACGAAACUAAACCCCGAACAUUUUGCUGGACUUGGAGCAGUAAAGUCGCUAACGCUAUCCCACACACCUCUGGAUUCUAUCGACCCAUUUGCUUUUCUCCCGCUGAAAUCGUUGAAAACUCUCGAUUUGGAGGGCACAAAUAUCACUUCGGUACCAAUAGCAGUUACCCAAAAUUGUGGAUUAACCCAUUUGAACGUCGCUAACAACAUGCUACAUCAUAGAUCUUCUUUACCACCCGAGGUAAUCGCGCUAUUGUCAGGCCUUUCGCAAAUCAAAAUUGACGGAAAUCCUUUGAUGGAAUUUCCACCAUCCCUCUUUCUCCUCUCCACAGACAACUUUCGGCUUAUACGUCAACUUUUCCAAACCACUACCUCACUACCUUUAUGGACUGAAGAGCCAUGCACACCGUAUUAUUGGGCAAUGCAUUUGAGAAAUAGGUCCUCGUCGUUCCGCCACCUAGUAUCGCCAUGGAAUGACGAAAGGAUGGAGCGUGAGGGCUUUUCAUACUGUCGUGAACAAUAUGAGUGGAUGUUGGAAGAGAUGGAAAUUUAUCGCGAUUUGGAGAAAAAUAAUGGCUGCGCGGCGAAUCGUCGCCUACGUUCAGCCACUUUAGCCAGGAAAUCACUCAUACUUUGCGAGACAAAUUCUACCAACACCACUGUGAAGAAACCUGGGAAACUGGCCGUUGUUGAGACUCGUGCUGACCUCUCCACGCUGUUGUUAGCUUCACUCAUUGCCAAUAUUUUCUUCUUGUGUUUAAUGUUGUCCUUUGUUUGUAUAGUGCUCUGUUAUGGAAAUAAAGAGCAGUAUUGA